AUGGGGAUGGCUCCAGGGCUUCACAUCCCAUCAGGAUCUGCCCAAGUGCCCCCUUUUCCUCCUUCCCUUCAGGGAUGCAGCCGGCUCCGGGAGCUCUCCAUCCGCCUGUUCCGGGUCCUGCUGCAGUCGGUGCUUGGUGGUGACAGGAGGAGGAUGAGGAGCAAAAUCUGGGAUCUGCUGCUCCCGCUCUUCUUCCACAUGAGCGACCAAAGCUGCAGCGUGGCCGAGGCUUCCUGGGAAGCUCUCCUUGCUGCGGCGACGCUCCUGGGAUGGGAAGAGCUCCGGUGCCUAUUGGAGAUGAGGCAGACGUGGAGGGUUGCAGAGUGCUUGGUAUGGGUCCUGCAUCCGUCCCUAUUCCCAUUGGAACCCCUUGCACCGCUCUGCUCAUUCCACAUGCGGAUGGGAAAGGGAGCGUUGGGACUGCUCCAGCCAAUGGGGGCGUUCUGUAGCAUCCCAUUCCUUCUGCAGCUGGAGCGGAGCAGGAAGAGGGCUCAGGGAUACCUGGACCAGAGCCUGCGGUACCUGCAGGAUGCUCAGGUCCCCUUGCAAGAGGCAGCCGUCAGGUUCAUUGGAUUGGCUGCACGGCCCCUAAGAGGGAAAAGCCCAAGGAAGCUGGAGCAGAUCUGCAGAGGUGAGGAGGGAGCAGGGGCUGGGGGGAUGCUGGGGGCUACGGAGGGGCUCAUCCCAGUCUUUUUGGAUCACAGCCCUGGAAGCACUUCUGGAUGAGGAUGAUCCCGGCCUCCGUUCCCUGACAGCACAGACCCUGCUCAUCCUCAGGAGCAGACCGAAGC